AGCUUGUUUUGACCGUGGCAAUAAUCGUACGCGCGUUAUGAAGUUACACAGUGUUACGACGUACGCUGGUGAAAAUGACUUUACACCUCGUGUCUACAGGUGUAAAGAUUCCAUUAAAAACUUGAAAAUAAAAGUACGUUUCCAGCUACCAAAAACAAGAAACAUACCUAUUCCACAGUUUACACCAAGAGAAAAUGACAAACAACACACUAAUGCAAAUGAUAAUACACCAGAAUAUGAAGAACAUACAUUUAGUUGGCAAGAGAAAGUAUUUAGCAAGUCUGAAGUCGAAUUUUAUCGCCACAGUGGUAACUGCAGAACACCACUUCAAGAGCAGUACCAUCAGGAAGUUUCAGAGUGGUCUGAUGAUACAGGGCAUCUGUUUACAUAUAUUGAUGCAGAUGGCUUCAGUGAAGAGGUGAGUGUUACAACUGGACAGCAGAAUUGUGCUGCAGGAAAUGGUAAACUUGAACUGUUGAAAAAACAGAGUUUUAUUCGCCGUAAACCCAAGAUAACGCAAGGUAAUAUUGUCAAUGACUCUCCUUCUGCAGAGGCAAAGAAACAAAAUCAUUCCCUGCAGAUAUGUGAGCAACUUAUGUAUAUAAUGGCAGAUCUCACAGAUAUUAGCAGUGUUGGUGGGGAAAGCACCUCUGUGGGCCAGACUAGUGUACUACCAACAGAAGUUGUCCUUUGUCGUUUGUCAUGGGACAGGCAGCGUGGCCUUUUGACUAUAAUGCCAGAUUUCUCCCCUACUUCACUGGAUGGUAAGUGUGAACCUUACCUGCUGGAAGUGGGAGGAGAUGCACGUAAAGCUUGUCGUUACUGGUUGUAUCAUGUCUCAGAGCAGCCAGAUGAUAAUAUAAAGGUGCCUGCUUUGUCACUUGGUAUUAGCCAUCUGAGCUUAGGAACAGACUUCAAGACUCCAGAACAAGGAACAGUACAGUUAACUGUACUAGUUGAAAUUGUAUCUGCCUCGGGCUAUGAUUUUGAUGGUCUUUUCAUUGAGUACUGCUUUGAACUGCCUGAUGGGUGGUCAGGUCCAUCUCCUGCACUUCUUGCCGGAGCAACACAUCGGUCAAAUAAAAAUGACAAAGGAGAAGCAUUUUUUGGCUACAUUUUUGAAGUUGAGCUUGCAAGCACAGAUGACAUAGAAACACAGUGCCUUCGCCCCCAGCUACUGAUGCGAGUUGCUUCGCUAGAUAGUUGGGGCCGUUUCCGUGUGGAAGGCUACUGCCAUGUACCUUUGCCUAACAGCGCAGGUCGUCAUACUCUUUCUGUACCCUCUUGGCGGUUCACACCGGAUGGACGCUUACAUGAAAUGAGACGUUUCUUUGUUGGAGGUGGUUGUAAUGUUUCAAUGGACAUAGCUGGAGUGCCAGAUGCAGUAAAGGGUAAACCAGUACUUGGCAAGUUUGGCUUGCGUACUGUUAGCAGUGGCACAGUCACAGUUCGAAUGGACAUUAUUCACCAGACGUCUGAAAGGGCAGAGGGUUGGGGGAAGAAUGUGCCCCAUCACCUGUCAUCAUCAGCAUUACUUAACAGUGUGGAAGCUGUGAUUGCUGCUUUCAGCAGAGCUCGUCACAGGAUGCUACGGGCAAGGCAGGGCCUCGAUGUGCCAUAGACAACUGUUCAGUGGAUCCUGUCAUAUAGUGCCAAGCACAGUGUGUUCCAACAGCAAAGAGGAUCAACUUGUAUUCUGCUUAGUGCAGUGGUUGCAAUCAGGUUAGGAACUGCUGGAAGACAUAAUGAAGUAUUGCAGUCAAAAUACAGACUUGUUAAACUGUAACAGUUUGGAUAUGCGUAUACAAUGCAAACAAAUAAAAAAUCACUUUUUUCCUUUAAUAAAGUUUAAUGGUCCUGUUGAUUUAAUCUGA